UAAAAUUGCUUACAGCAUCCUCUACAACUUUAUUACAGUGUAUAAUAUAUAAGGUUUUGUUCAUAUUCUACAUUUAAUCAAUGUUUCUUUUUGGUAAUUUUGAUGAAUAUAAAUUAGGAUUUCACAAUAAUUAAUUACGUAAUCGGUUUUACAAUAUUUUUGAUUUCGUUCAUGUUAUUUUCUACUAUAGAAUAGCAGACAAUAUAACAAAUAAGAGGCAACACUAGACAAAUCUGUUUAUAAAGCAAAUGUCAAACAUAUACACACUUACUAUUACUAUGUAUUCCUUUUUUCUUUUUGCUUAGAAGUUUAAUAUCCAACAAACAGUGCUUUGUUAUGUGUUUAUAAUAGACGUUAUAGACUUAUAGUUAGUAAGUAAAAUGGCAGAUUUUGAUGCUAUUUAUCCAGAUGAUCUCGAUGACGGUGAAGAAAAUAUAGAGGAGAUGCAUGUGACAUUAGUGCCAGAUCCGAUAGUUGUUCGUGGAGCUGGAAAUAUGACAGUCUUUGGAUUAAGUAAUCGCUUCAAUGGAGAAUUUCCUUCUGGUCUUCAAUCACGUGUUGCUCCUGAAGAAUACCAAGCAACCAUAGCUCGUAUUAACACAGUUCUCAAGAAGACAUUACCUGUAAAUGUGAAGUGGUUAUUCUGCGGAUGUGUCUGUUGUUGCUGCACAUUAGGAUGCUCUCUAUGGCCCGUCAUAUGUCUUAGUAAAAGGACUCAGCAUUCUCUGAACAAGCUCCUGGAAUGGGAGAACAGUCGUCUUUAUAAUAAGCUAGGACUUCGCUGGAGACUCACAAAACAGCAUUGCGAUUCUUCGUCUAUGAUGGAGUAUGUACUUCUUAUAGAAUUUAUACCCAAAAUACCAAUUUACAGGCCUGAUUAAAUUACUGUUUGUACUUACUAAUUAAUUUUAAAACUAUUCUAAUUAGUUUUACGCCAUCCAUAACGUCGAACGUCUACAUUGCAUAGGAAUAAAACCUUUAUUAGCAAAAGCAUAUUAGCUACUUUUGAAUAACAUUUUAAAGUAGAUUUUGUGUUUAGUCUCCUAUAAGUUUUACGAAACCGUGAAUUGGUAAUGUAAGUUACCGGCCGAAUUGAUUAAUGUACAUUGUAUAUAAGUAGGUGGAACAAAAUAUGGACAAAUAAAUAUUGUUAUUUGGUAUUUGUCGUAUAAUCAGCGCUGUAAUAAAUUUGCAAGGUCGGUUUGUGAAUCAAAUAAAUAGAAACUUGUAAAUAUUUAGUAAAAAAAAAGCUUGGCGAGGCCCUUCUUAGUCAUGUUGGAGAGUUUCUCUUAGUACAUAGUGUGUGUUAAAAUACAAUAAUUACAAUAUAUUUUUGUAAAACGUAGAGAAUUCGGUCAUAUGUCCGACUGUCUCACAUACAACAUAAUCGAUUUAAGAUUAAAUUAAUAAUUCUAUCUAAACAUUACUUCAGAUAUGUUUACAUCUGAACGUUUAUGUUAUGUAUUCACUUAACUAAUUAAAAGUUUCAAUUAAUUUUUUACUAUUGAAAGUAAUCAUUUUGCUCAUAUACAAUAUAUCAAGAGUGUAAGAAAUUAUCCUUAUUAGAAAACUUAUCUCAAUCGCGUCUUCUUUUAAGACGAGUUUAGAGCUGCAUAUUUCUUCACGAGUUUUUAGUAGUUUCGUUUUGCGUCCAAGAGAAUUUACCGCCACGUGCCACACAACCUUGAACAUGUUUUUUUUUUUCCAAAUGUCACUAAGGUUUCUUAAUUCAAGAGUUAAAAUUUUACACUAACUCUAAUGUUCUUGCGGUUGUAAUUGUUACGUGUAAUUUGUUUUUCGCUGUUUCGAAUGCGUUUUCAUUAUUAUAAGGUCAUAGCGUUCGUCAUUCUCUCAAUUCAUUUUAAUCAUUUUUAUUGUCGACGCGCCGGCGUCUAAUUUAGUGUUGUAGCCUACGCAGCUCUCACAAUAAGACUAUGUUUACGUUUCGGUGAAAUUGAGCACUAUUAGUCGAAAUAUAUAUAGAUAUAUAUAUAUAUAUUUUUAUUAUUGCGUAAUAGUCACGGCAAUAUCUCAAAAAGAACAUUUUACAAACUUGCAACUAGGUUCGACUCACUAUCAAAUUGUUUUAUCCCAAAUCCAAACAAACGCAAAGAAAUGUCUUUCUAGAUUUACUGUGAUUUUGUAAUAUCAGCUCCGUAAUCGAGUGCAUUGUACCUGAAUGUUGAUGUUUGAGAUAAUGGGUUGAAAGCCACGAGCGAGAACGUCGCUAAGCUAAUCCUUAAAACGUUUGGAACUGUGUUAUUAGACAAUUAGCUUUUAAUGUUUUUUUUAUUAUGGCGCAUCCAGGUUCAUUGCGAGAAGUGUUGUCACGUCACGCGAACGAUCCAUUUACAUACAAAACAUACUAAAAAUAACAUCACUACAUAGUAUAAAACAAAGUCCGCUUUCUCUGUCCCUAUAUCCCUAUGUUAAAUCUUUAAAACUACGCAACGGAUUUUGAUGCGGUUUUUUUUAAUAGAUAGAGUGAUUGAAGAGGAAGGUUUAUAUGUAUAAUAACAUCCAUUAAAUAGUGGAGAAAUCAAUAAUAAAUUACAGUUUCCGAAGCGAAGCGAGGGCGGGUCGCUAGUAUUCUAUAUUUAACUAACGAUGGUUUCGCGGCAGAAAUAGAUCUGCUACCGUCCAUUCGAUCAUCCAGCAAGGUGGACGGUCUUACUGACAGGGCUCUAAUUUACAUUCUGGUUUCUAACUUGACAGUGCAGCAAUAUUAUUACUGUGUAAAUCUACGAGUGCCAUACGCUCCUAUUUUCUCGCCCUAGUAGUCCUUUGAAGCGAAAACAAAAACAAUUCUUUCUAAAGCAUCCUAGGGUCUUCACGUCAUGAAAGUGGAUGCGCCUUUACGUUGUUCGAGAGGAUAUCUCGCCCUACUUUCUCUUUUCAACAUGUUGUGAAUGAGGAAUUUGAACACGGCGACAACACCCCAACAACCAACCAACAUAUCGACUUACGUGUCGUUGUAAUGACAAAAUCAUAAAAAAAUGAAGUUUGCUCCGAACGUCUUGCCACUUUCUCUUUAAUUUUUGUACUGUUAUCGAACGCAACGGUUGAAAAGCGAACAGGGUACGUUGACAUUAAGUUUUAAUUAAAUAAGGAAUUGUAAAUAUUUUAAGUACCUAUAGAUUAUUAUUUUUGUUCAAAUAAAGUUUCACUGUAUGUGAUGAACGUUA